UAUAAAGAUUAUUGAUCUAUUUGUUUUUUCAUAGGAAAAAUUAUUAAUGGAUAAUACAAAAGGUUACGAAAUUUGGUCAUACCCUGAGAAAAUGACAUUCACUAUAUACUUGUUCCAUGUUGAAAAUCCGGAUGAUGUGUUACUAGGUGAACGACCGAGACUUAUAGAACGUGGCCCUUACGUUUACGAGAUAAUCGUUGAAAAAGAAAUACUGAGUGUAAACGAGAUACGAGAUGAAAUAACUUUUAACAUAAAAAAAACAUAUUACUACAACGACGAAGAAAGUGGCGAACUUUCCGAAAACGAUGAAGUUGUUAUUAUAAAUAUGGCCUAUCUUGGUGCUAUAAAUACGGUAACGUAAUUCUAUUUCAUUUUUGAAAUACGUUACAUUGCUAUUUUCUAUACAAUAUUAAAUGAUUAACCUUGUUUAUAAAUAGCUCGCAGGUUUUUCGUUAUCUUUACUCAAACAAUACGGUGAAGCUGUAGAGAAAUUGUUUCCCGAAAAAAAUCCUCUUUUUGUCAAAGCUAAAGUAAAGGAUUUACUUUUCGAUGGUAUUCCUGUGUACUGUGAUAUCACUAAACAUGAAAAAAUGAAAUUAAUUUGUAUGACGCUAAAAGGAAAAAAACCACCAAUUUUAUGGAACACCGAUGUUGAAAAUCAUUACAUGUAUAGCAUGUUAGGCACGGUAUUCAAUUUUGUAUUUUAUUCUAAGUUGUUUUUUCUUUUUCGUUUUCUUUUUCUUUUUUUUGGUCCUCAAUAGUUCGAAAUCAUUUUCUUUACUCGAAAAAUCUUUGAAAUUCUUCCAACAAAUUCAUAUUUGUACGUUAAUGAUAAAGAGAAAUGGAACAUGGUUUGGUCCAAUGACAAAUAACAGAGGUCUACGAGAUCCAACAUUGUUAGGAGAACUAACGUCGAUCAAUAACAAACGAGCACAAACAUAUUGGAAAUCUGACGAAUGCAACACUAUUAAGGGAAAAGAUGGUUUUUUGUUUCCUUCUUACGAUGAACCACCUAAACGUAUUUACAUUUACAUUCAUGAAAUUUGUCGGUAAGAAAACACACGGCUGUGUAGAAAAAAAAAAAGUGUAACACAUAAUUGUGUCUGUGUAAAAAAUUUCUUUUUGCAGACAUUUUUUUAUAAAUUAUCAAAGAAAUGAAAAAUUUAAGGGAAAGUUCGAUGUAUGGCGUUACACUAUCACAAUCGAAAAUUGGAGU